AUGCGUUGGCACAGUCUCUACGCGGAGGCUCGACUAGAAAUACUCGACUUUGUCGUCCACUCCACCAUCCAUGAGAAAGGCUCCAUCGCACAAUAUGCCAGCGUAUCCCGAGAAUGGCAAGAGUGGUUCGAGAUAUUCACAUUCAAGCGAGUAGAAGUCUCACAAUCCGAUAUCAUGCCAUUCACAUCCGCGUUCAUGAAUCUUCGCCGCCGAAAGUACCUCAAAUACAUUGGCGUCAAACUCGAUCUUCCGGUUCACAAACACAGUCGGGAUCCGUUUCUUGAUCGCGAUGAAUUCGCGAACGUACAUCAGCAAAUGCAAACUCUUUCACAGAUGGAUCCUCUGCUGUAUUGCAAUUAUUCAUGGCCGAGAUUUCAAAGGGAGAAUUCAUGGCUGAAACAUCAGGUGGAGGAAAACAACCGUGCUUUCACGAUUGUUUUGCGAGGCCUGUUUAUGGAGCUUUUCCAGUGGAGAAGAGGGGAUUGUCAUCACGAGGGCAUUGAGCUAGAGAUCAUUGCUGAUACCAAAAGCCAUUGGCAGAAGACCGCGGAAGAGUACCGGGCACUCAAUCCUCCCAGCGACACUGGCAGUGGGGACUUUCAUAACAGUCUGUCAAGUGAGCUCCAGAUCUUUCAUGCUCCUCCGUACCACGGACAUGAAAUGCUGCACGAUGGCGAGCUCGACUUUAGCUUUUGGCUGGAGCUAGACGUGCAUUUCGGAGGGACGCUGGGUCCUGAGGUCCAUGUCAUCUCGGGCCUAUCGAUCCUUCGACGAAGUGUUCGUCACUUUGACCCGGAAUUUAUUGCUCACAUUUCAGCUGCAAAAACUGCUAAAGACCUUGAAUCCGGCUAUGACCAAGGUCAGGAUCCAACAGCAACCCUCGUCGAAACCGCUUAA